UCCCUGACAGUUUGACUGUGUUUUAGUUUUUCCUCUGCGUUUGUCUUAGUUUUCUGUCAGCGCUUUUAUUUUGUCUUCAUUUCCUGAUUGUCUCCCUGAGUGCUGCUUCCCCUCAGCUGUGGCUGAUUGGCACCUGGCCACACCUGGUGUCAAUCAGCCAGCUGCUAUUUAAACCUGCCUUCCCCUCCAGUCAGUGCUGGAUUAUUGUCAUUGUCGCUAAUACUUGUUGUCACUACUACCUGUCAUAAUACUUGUCGUUGUAGCUCUGUCUACUUUUGUUCACUCUGCUCUUGUCAUAGUUCCUUCGUGUCACAUGUUAAAUUAAAUCAUGUUUUCCCGCACAAUGCCUUCCGCCUUCUCUGCAUCUUGGGGUUCGUCACCAACAUGCUCUGACAGGGCUCCAGCACCCCCCGCGACCCACAAAAAAGAGAAAAAACAUGUGUGUUCUUGUCUCAAAGGGACAAGCAGUAGAAAAUGGAUGGAUGGAGGCUCCAGCUUACUCACUGCCUGGGACAACCUGGACGGAUGUAUAGACUUAAGACUUUUUAGGCACUCUACUGAUGGAAGUUUGGUAUGGAGGAUGAAUUUCCGCCAGCGGCUGGGAUGGCUCGGCAUGGCCUUCUACCUUCUUGUGAGCCUGCUUGCAGUCUAUCACGUCUUUGACGUUCAGCGAUUCAAGUUGGAGCAUGUGCGGAGUGCUUCGAUCGGACCCUCUUCUUUGCCCAUUCAAAGCAUUCAUGCUCGCCUGGCAGCACUUCCCAUGUGGAUCUGGGUGGCGGCCAUUUUGCUGCCCUACAUACAACUCUUUCUCUUCAUUUUCUCCUGCACCAGGACAAACCCUCGUGCCAUCGGCUACUGCGUCCUACCCAUCUGCCUAUCUCUGCUCUGCAAACCAUCCAAUCACAGCAGCUCGCCAUUGAUUGACACGUGACCCAAACAUCUGUAAGGACACGUCGUGAAACAUCUUUCUAUUUUUAGGACAUUUACAGCAAAAAUGUUUUUGAGGUGUAAAGGACCACACCUGGUCUUACCUGACAUGCUGGAAUCGAUUAGCGAACUUCAAUUGAUGAUCUUCUGUAUUUGAUAUUUGAUCACACAAUAAAAUGAGAAAAAAAAGACAUGUAAGGCAUUUAGACUCACCAUUCCAUUUUUUUUAUUUACAGGGUGAUUGUGGGACACAAAUGACAGUGAAAAAUUAGUGCAGAAGCUCUGAGCUAAAAAGUGCUUAGCGCUUCUCAGCUGCUACAUUUUGCAUCUUUUAGCAGAUGAUGGAAGGUCUGAGUUUUGCGGUUUCUCUGUCUCGCCAUCGUCUUCGCUAUCUUCAUCUUCUGCAGCAGAGGAAGAGGGUGUCAUGAUAUCUAACAGCGGCACAUUCAAGUCAAUACAGCAGUAGGAAUUAUUAAUCAUACAUUUAAUACGUUCAUAGAGAACAAAAAAACUAAAUCUGGUAUUAAACAUUGACAACCUUCUAGACAAAACACUCUUAAUAGUCAUGAUUACACUCUUAAAGGAGAGACUGGAUGCUGCCUGAGACCAGUGUUGGGACUUACUGUAACGCCGUUAGUUUUGGUGGUAACUAGUAAUCUAACGCGUUACUUUUUAUAUUCAGUAACUCAGUUACCGUUACUACAUGAUGCAUUACUGCGUUAUUUUACGUUAUUUUUUAUGUAGUAUCGGCUAGAAACAGAAAAUCAGUGUGUUUUAUUGGAGCGCUGCAGUGUCGUUCUUCUGAUUCUUCUUGUCACAAGCCGGAGAAGAGAGACGCACACUCUGUGUGUGUCUGGGUGUGGGUGUGGGGAGGGAGGGGCGUGUCUGAUCAUGGCGGAGCUGCGUCGAGUUUGUAAACAUGUAGAUAUUGUCACUACUUUUCUUUUGUCGAGCACAAAGAAAAUAACAUUUUAGUUAAAUGUAAGUUGUGUCUUGGAUCAAAGAUCCCAUCUACUGCCCAAAACAGCAAUUCAAAUCUGCUGAAACAGCUACUAAAGCAACAUGCUUCGACGAAGCUAGUAAAGAGAGACACAGACUCCGAUGCCACUUCCCCUCCACCACUUAAGGAUUAACUCUGCCUCUGCUCAUCAUUCAGCACUGAAGGUACACACUCUGUCAAUUCUCUUAUAUACUCUUUCAUUCUAGACCUCUAGAGUGUUUGAUUAUCACAUCACUCUAACUGUAUGGACUAUAAAGUUCACAAACAUAAAGAGGGAUCCUAGUGGGCCAGGCCAAUCUUUCCUUAUCUCUAAACUAAAACUGGGGAAAUGUGUAGAGUGUUCUGGGCUUCAGACAUGAUUUUGUUUCAGAAUUCCUUGAGAAAAAAACACCUGGUUAGGCUUUGUGUAUGUAGUGUGCCUUCCUUGGUUUACAGCUAUGUUGUUAUUAUGCUGUUUGUUACUUAUGUAUAUUAUGUUGCAGCUAUUUAAAAUAGUUUUGUCAAUUUGUUCUAGCCUGAAAUAAAUUGGCCCUUUGAAACAUA